AUGCCUUUUCAGUACAAGCGAGUGCUCCUCGUCGGUGCAACAGCGGGCAUCGGCGCCGCCAUGGCCGACAAGCUCAUCCAAGAGGGCAGCAAAGUCAUCGCCGUUGGUCGCCGACAAGAUAGGCUAGAUGCCUUCAUCGAGAAGCAUGGCUCGUCAGUCGCGAGCGGUAUUCGUUUUGACACCACUGAUAGAGAUGGUAUGGACUCAUUCGUGGAUAAGGUUCUGAAAGACUAUCCUGAUCUGGACUGCGUCUUCCUCAACUCCGGGACCCAGAGUCAAAUUCGACUGUCUCGGCCAGGCGAGGUGGAUAUUGCGGCCUUCCACAACGAGAUGAACACCAACUUCGGCAGCAUUGUUGACUUGUCGCUCAAAUUCCUUCAUCACCUGCAGCAGAAGAGUUAUCCUACUGGGCUGAUCAUCACGGGGACCAACCUCGCCAUCAUCCCAGCAGUCACGAUUCCUGCUUACUCUGCAUCAAAGGCAGCGCUAAAUGCGUUUGUCUACUGUCUACGUCGUCAAAACCAGGAUAAGUCAACCAAGAUCAUCGAGCUUUGGCCACCUGUUGUUCAAACUGAACUCCAUGAUUACAUGGGUGAAGAAAGGGGUCGUGCUCUGGGGAUGCCCGUGAACGAGUUCGUCGAUAAGGCGUACGCCGGGCUGGUGUCGGGGUCAGACCACGUUAUAAUAGGUUCUGUCGGGCCCGAGGAUCUGUUCCUGGACAUUGCGCAUAAGAGGCGGCAGGCGUUUGACAGCUUGUCCAACAUUAUGCUCCAGCACUAUGAGUUGUAA